GUUUAACUGUAAUAAACUUUGAGCUACUCAGAUGAAAAUCGUACAGCACACUGACACUCCUUGAUCACAGCCAUUCUGCAACUCAUACCCCUAACCCACUGAGUCCCUACCAAGAUCUCCUUGAAUAAAAGCAGCUUCUGCACUUUCUACCACCUCCUCGCUUCUCUGCCAGCCUCUCAUAACGUGUGCCUGAAUCGUCAUGGAUAAGGUUCAGCAGAUAACUCGCUCUGCCCUACGAAGAGCCUCUGCCAUUGAAGUGAAUCCGCAAGCCCGCCAAAAGCUACAGGGACUCCUUAUCAACUUUACUCUGAUUAUUAGUUGUCUCCUUUUUAUGUACUUCUUAAAGCUGCUGAUAUACUAACACUGGGGCAUGGACUCUUGACUUGCAGACUGCUGCAGCUGUUCUAAACUGUGACAUGAUAUUGUGUAUAUCCUGAUUUUUUUUUUGUUAAGAAUACUUGUGAAAUGAUACAUGAACACAAAUAUGGUUGAACAAAUAUUCUCAGUUUUGUUUCAACAUAAUUACUUCAAAUGUUAAAUCUUCUCAAAGUUGAAAAGAAUUCCAGUUUAGGUUCGUAAAACAUACAAUGAAUGAAUGAAUGUUACAGUUUUGUCCUUUUAGGCAGUCUUGGCUUGCAGAAUCAUAUGCACUUUACUAAAAAAAAAGCUACAAUCUACAAGUAGAAGUUAACAUCUUGAAGAAACUUUUCCCCUUUAGCCUAAAUAAAAGACCAUCAGAAUAUAUGCUCCAGAUUAGAUUGUUACAGGAAUUUCACUUGGAUGCAAGAUAUACGUCUGGAAAAUAGUUUGAAGUAAAGCUAAAGAGCAUGACUGCCCAGUGGUUGUCUGAAUCGUUUAAGAAUCUUAGUCUCACAAGAUUCAGAUAAUCACUAAACAUUGCAUGCAAUAUGUUUGUAAAGUGGUUUAAUGUUUCUAUUAAUGUUAUAAAGACAUGUUAACUCCUGUCAUUGGAUUGUUUGCAAUCAUUUAGUUAGCAUGCUUAUUUCUUUGCACUUCAGAAACCAUUUUAUUUGAUAAGGACUUGCUUUUAUAGAGGGCUUUUCAUGGUCCCAUAUCGGCCUGGUGCAGGUCAAAAGGAGCAGGCAGUUUAAAUGGUUUGGUAUGGACUAGAGGGGCUAUACUUUUCAAUGACUCUAUAACCUUCUCAGAGUUCUCUGAAUUGCUUAAUAUCCAAUUAAAUACUUUAUGGUGAACAGAGCUGGCUGCUGUUUACAUAUUUUCAUUUUGUUGGGCAAUUGUUUGCUGAAGUGUAAACAUAUGAAUAUUUAGAGUUACUGUAAUAUGGGUUCAAGUGAAAGAGCUCUUUCGAACAUUUGAUUUUAUCCAUUGGUAUCUACAUAAUACAGCAGUGAGCUGUUUCUUAAUUGGAGCCCAGAAUCCUGUUCUCCGCAAUCCAUUCUGAUAACAUUUUAAAGUUAUGAAUUGCUCAAGAAAUAUUUGUUAGCCUCUUUCUUUAAGUCUUCAUCCAGAGUAGAAGAGUAAGGAGCUCAGUAAUUUUCCUUGUUGCAUGCACUGGAAACGUUAUAAUGUUAAAAAAAAAGCUUGCAAUAAAAUUCCAAACAAGCACUUACUCCUCUUAAUCCUUUACGCUCUUUGCAAUAAAC